UUGACAAACAUGGCCACCAGCUUGUUGGAGUCUUACGAACAACAAUAUUCUACGGUGACAGCCGACAUUACAUUCCAUGUCGGUCAGAUAGCCUGUCACCAUGGAGCGGAAAAACAGUCACAUGUCGACAACAGAAAGCUCUUUGAUGAAGCUUCGGAACUGUUGGAACAAAUGGAAUUGGAAGUGAAGGAGCAAGAUCCUCGAGAGAGACAGAAAUACUCCACACGUGUCAAGAGCUAUAAGACGGAACUGUUAAAGCUGCAAAAAGAUAUGAAAAAGGCUAAACUUGGCAUUGAUGCCAAUCGAGAUGAGUUGCUAGGUGACGACACCCAUGACUCAGAGGACCAGAGAGCAAGACUGUUGGACAACACAGAGAGACUGGAUAGGACAUCGAGGAGAUUGGACCACGGAUACAGAGCAGCUGUGGAAACAGAGCAAAUUGGGACACAAAUAAUGGAGGACUUGCAUAGCCAGAGGCAGACAAUACAAAAAUCACGAAAUAGGCUUGAGGAGAUGAACACAACACUGGGGAAAAGUUCCCGUGUACUGUCUGGAAUGAUGCGAAGGAUCAUACAGAAUCGGGUUCUGCUGAUAGGCAUCGGACUGUUGUUGGUUAUUGUGAUAAGUGUUGCUAUAUAUUUCACUGUCUGGGAGACACUCAUGAUGCUGUCGCUACUCUCAUCCUUCUACAUUCCUUCAGGCAAGCUGAUUAACAAGUGCACAGUUUCCCACUGGUUACAUGAACGGUGGGACAGCCUACUUUCUUCAAGUUUCAUUCAAUAUCUGUCUAUUUAUCUGUAUGUCUAUCGUCAGCGUAAGUCUUUUGCAUUCUUCUGAACUUCUUUGUGAUCUGUACAGUCCAACAAUAUUUAUUACUUUCGAAGAUGUAUCAAUUCUGUUAAUGAUGCUGUGAAUUAAUGAGGUUUGAAGUACAUAAUUGUUUGUAAGAGAGAAGAUUUCAGGUUAUUUGCAUGCUCAGCACUUUUCAUUUAAGUGCAAACAGAUUUCUGGAAGAAAAUUGCAGCAUUUUCUGGUCUGAAGUUCUAUUCAGAAAAUUUGAUUUCGUAGGGAACUGACAUGGUAUAAUGGUUAGAUCAAUCCCCAGGUAAAAACUGAAUUUUAAAGACAACUUGCUAAAGAUUCCACUGACUUUACUUGUGAGUCAGCAAAUGCUAAUUUCAUUCCUACCCAUCCUGUAAUGGGUAGAAAUUACAUUUCCUGAUGCUCCAUUCAAUUUUCCUUUUAACGAGAGAACUUACGUUCAACUAUCUAUGAGGGCUUAUUUUUAAACCUAUUUUCAGUUUUGUGCUAACAUGCCCAAUAAUUAAGGUGAGCUAUUUUACCUUGUGGCUAUUUAUCAGAUGAAGCAGUCAUCUGUUUGAACACUGACCAUCCUUACUAUACAGGGCUCGAUUUAGUGCUUUACUUGUGCAAUCCAAUAUUACAUAGUGCAACCUAGUUAUUAGUCUAACUUGCACCAGGUGCAAGUCAGUUUUUGAGUGGGUAAGCUUCUAAAUAUAACAUCUAAAUAAUUCAAUAGCAUAUUUCUUUCAUUACAUAUUGCCAUAAAAGCAGUGCAGCUGGAAUUGGGCUGGUGCAACUAGGUUUUUAUCUUAGGUUGCACCUGGUGCAAGUAGGUUAACAUCUCUUAAAUCGAGCCCUGCUAUAAGUAUAAGCUGGUUGCCAGUGUGUCAGUCAGUAACAUGGUAUCUUCGGAAAUGUGCAAUAGGGGUUCCAGAAGGAAAUCAAAGGAGGGAUAUUUAAUGUACACCUUUAACAGACAAAGCAACAAUGUAGUUGACAGUACUGAUCUAUACACUGAAACCCUAUUAAUCCAGAUAGUAGUUUCCAGAUUAACAAGUUGAACUACUGUCAGUUUUAUUGUAUAUACAUGUAAAUGUUUGAAACAUCUAUCAACCAGAUUGUAAGAUUUCUGAAAUAAAAGGGUCCAGACAAGCAAGAAUUUGUAGAUAGAUCCUUGUUACGUGCCAUUAACAGAAUGCUUCAUAUCCUAGAUUUACCAAGUUAUGUUUCGAGGUACGGCAUCUUACUCACUGAUUGGUUUCACCAAAGCAGUAACUAUCUACAACCUGCAUCAUUUCCUCCCAGGUUCUCAAGCCAUGCUAUAACCAUGAUAACUAAAAUACUGUAAUAAACAGUGUUAAACACUUACCAACUCAUCUCAUACCAUUUCUCUUAAACAUAGUCUGUUGAGAUUCACAUGUUCUGUGAUAAUAACAGUUUCCUCAUAGUUAAAGACACUUUUAUUCAGACACUGGCUAAUUUUGUCACCUUUACAAAAUUCGCUUUCUUUUAGCUACUGUAUAAACUUGAUUGUGUGACACUGAGUGCAUGGUAAAUCAUUGGAGUGAUGUAGGUCACAAGAAACUAUAUGGCAGUGUAUACAGGGCUGAAUAAUAUAUUCAAACAAUGCUGUCGUUGUGUGGGAACCCUCUAUAAAUGUUAUGAAGAUAUAUCACAUGGGAACUUCACUGGAGGGAAUAUGUACAAUAUUUGCACAUGUUGAGGUAAGCUUGAAAGCUGACAAUAUGCACAUGCACAAAAGGUAGAAGUGUUUUACUGUACAAGAGCUUGUCAACACUGCACUGUGUGUUUGUUGUAAGGUUUGAUCUUAAACCAGCGAAAGAAAUCUCAUAAAAAAUUCUUAACUAAAUGAUUGUUUUAAAUACUAAAGUGAUUCUUUGCUUUGGGGUGUUUUAAUGUUGGGUGAUUUAUUGAUCCCACACCCAAAUUUCAUGAAUAUGGAAUUAAAUGUAGAAAGGUUAUAUGACAAACAAAAGCUUUUUGGAAGUUUAUUCUGAUUUUCAUUUUGAUCACCAAACUUUAUGGAUAACACUUACAAAAUGAUUAUUGUAUAGCAAAUGGUUUAUAGCCCUGUCAUAUUCAGUAUAUCUCUCAGAGGCCGCUGCCAUUAUUCAUGGGAAUAUUUGUGUGUUAGUAUUAUUGUAUAUAUCUCAACUAAAACAGAGCCGUGUGUUUUGUGUUCUGUCAAGAAUUGUGUGAUGUUUUAAGUGUAGGACUGUGAAAAAUGUUGUCAUCGUGCCCCUAAAACGAUAGAUUAGGAAGACAUACCAGAUUAUGUUCUUGUUUAGGUUGUAAUUUCCAGGCUAAUGGUACCCUCACUUAACCCCAAAGAAAGUAUCAAAAAAAAAAAGAAA